AUGUAUGUUUGUGACCAUAGUGAUUAUGAACAGCUCUAUUCCCUAGAUGUCUUGGGAGUAGAGGAUCGAGGGGAGAAAGAUCAGUCAACAAUUUAUGCAGAAUUCCAAGAAAGCAUCACUAGGAAAGAGGAUGGAAGAUACGAAGUUGCUGUUCCAUGGAUACCUGGAGCUGUAUUGUCAAACGCUAAUGAAGAACCCAGUAGGAAGAGACUCCACAAUGUAAACAGGAAGUUGAAACAGAAUCAACAGCUCAAAGAUGAAUACGAGAAAAUUGUGCAUGAACAGUUGAAAGACGGAGUCAUUAAAAAGACCAAAGAGAGCUCGACUAGUGAACGUGUGUUCUACAUGCCACACAAACCGGUGAUUAAAGAAAUGCCUCUACAACCAAGGUGAGAAUGGUGUUCGAUGCCAGUACCAGACCCCAUCCAAAGGCCAAUAGCGUCAAUGAAUGCAUGCACACUGGCCCCCCACUUCAACCGUUGUUAUGGGACAUAUUAAUCAGAGCCAGGAUGUCAACCCAUCUACUACUCGCAGACUUGCAGAAGGCGUUUCUGCAGGUUGGUUUGAAGGAAGAUGAUCGAGAUGCGUUUCGGUUUCUGUUUGACAUUAACGGUCAAGUAGAACAUUUAAGAUUUACUCGUGUGCCUUUCGGCGUGGAAGCCAGCCCAUUUAUGCUUGGUGCCACCCUGCAACACCACUUCAAUCUGCAGCCAGAAAAGUACCAAAACACCAUUGAGUCGUUAAAAGAGAACACUUAUGUUGAUAAUCUAAUGAAGAUCGGAAGUGAUAUUGCAGAUCUUGAAGAUUUCAAACGCGAAGCGACAGAAAUCCUAGAAGACGCGAAGUUCCCAGUCCACAAGUGGUAGUCGAAUGUCGAAGAACUUGACAACGAAUCAAAUCCCAGCAAAAUACUCGGACAUAAAUGGAAUAAGAGAGAAUAUACACUUGAGAUUCGAGCAGAAACUACAAAGGAAGAAACACCAGUGACAAAGAGACAUAUUCUUAAGGAACUCAGUAGCAUAUAUGACCCUUUGGGAAUAAUAUCGCCGACCAUGGUUGAAGGGAAGCGCAUCUAUAGAGAAGCGUGUGAUGAGAAAGUCGGCUGGAAUUCAGAAGUAUCUACCAGCACGUCCAAAGAUUGGAUAAAGUGGCGACAACAGUUAAGAAACGUGAAAAUUCCGAGAAGUCUAGCAAGGGAGAUUCGAAAGGUGAAAGCUAUACGUUUGCAUUUAUUUGCUGAUGCAAGUUUCACAGCGUGCCGGCG